AUGAACUCUUUCCUCCCCAGGCAUUUCCGGGGCGAGCCCUCGGUAGCACAGAACCAAGCACCCACCUGGCUGAGCAAAAGAAUCACUCCCAUGGUGCAGUUCCUCUCGCGGCUCGCCUGUGGCCACCCGAUCCAUACGGUCGUUGUCGUCGCGCUGCUCGCCAGCACCUCAUACGUCGGUCUGAUCCAAGAUAGCCUUUUCGAUCGAAGUGUCCGCGCCGGCAAGGCCGAUUGGUCGUCCUUGACCGAAGGCAGCCGCACGCUUCUCGCCAGCCCCGAUACUACGUGGAAGUGGCAGUCUGUCGAGCAGGACGCCGCCCCGACCACCGAUGUCGAUCACCUCGCCCUCCUGACUCUCGUUUUCCCGGAUACUCUCUCGAGCGAUUCACCGAGCACCGCCCCGCUCUCCCAUACCGUCCCCACGCCGAGCAACCUCUCCAUCACCGCACUCCCGGGAACAGAGAAUUCGUUCACCACCUACGCACAAGACAGCAUCCUCGCCUUUGCCCUCCCAUACCAGCAGGCACCCGAGUUCGUGUCCGCUGCCCAAGAGAUCCCUAAUGAGGAUGCUGAGGAGACGGAGACGCGCCAUGGCCGAGAGAAGAAGAUGUGGAUCAUGAAAGCGGCCAAGGUCACUACACCUAGUAACGCCGUUCAAUGGGUCAAAGAUGCGUGGUCCGAGUUCCUCGACUUGCUCAAGAAUGCUGAGAGUCUUGAUAUUGUGAUCAUGGUACUUGGGUACCUGUCCAUGCACCUGACGUUCGUCUCUUUGUUCGUCUCCAUGAGGCGCUUGGGCUCCAACUUUUGGCUGGGCCUCAACACGAUCCUCUCUUCCGUCUUCGCUUUCCUCUUUGGUCUCGCCGUUACCACUAGACUGGGUGUUCCCAUCAGCGUUAUUCUUCUCUCUGAAGGCCUGCCAUUCUUGGUAGUUACCAUUGGUUUUGAAAAGAACAUUGUCCUCACCAGGGCUGUUCUAUCGCAUGCCAUCGAACACCGCCGCGUCCAGAUCCAGAACUCCAAGUCUGGAAAGAGGAGUGCCGAGCCCGUCACCCAGAGCCUCAUCCAGUAUGCCAUCAAAGCUGCCGUCAAGGACAAGGGUUUUGAGAUUGUCAGGGACUAUGCUAUUGAGAUCGUUAUUCUUGUUGUCGGUGCCGCCUCUGGCGUCCAGGGUGGCCUUCAGCAAUUCUGUUUCCUUGCUGCUUGGAUCUUGGUCUUUGAUUGCGUUUUGUUGUUCACAUUUUACACUGCGAUCCUCAGCAUCAAGCUCGAGAUCAACCGCAUCAAGAGGCAUGUCGACAUGCGCAUGGCUUUGGAAGCCGAUGGUGUUAACCGCCGUGUGGCUGAAAACGUGGCUGAGGGCAACGACGAUAAGGAGACUUCCCUUUUCGGACGCAAGAUGAAGAGCAGCAACGUGCCCAAGUUCAAGGUCAUCAUGGUCACUGGAUUCGUUCUGAUCAAUGUCAUCAAUCUCGUCACCAUUCCAUUCCGUACGCCUACCUCCCUGAACACGAUCCGUUCGUGGUUUGGUGGUCUUGGAGGUGUUGUUUCCAGCCCUCCAGUGGACCCCUUCAAGGUCGCCUCCAACGGCCUGGAUGUUCUUCUUCAGGGCGCCAAGUCGAGCGGCAAGGCCACCCUGGUAACUGUCCUUACCCCUAUCAAGUAUGAGCUUGAGUUUCCCUCAGUCCACUAUGCCCUCACUGGCUCCAUCGGCGGCAGUGGCUCCCUGUUCGAGAAUGGCCUGGGUCUGGAGGGAUACGGUCUCGGCGGUCGCAUGGUCGGAAGCCUGUUGCAGAGUUUGGAAGACCCUGUCUUGUCCAAGUGGAUCGUCAUCGCUCUCGCUCUCAGUGUUGCCCUCAACGGCUAUCUCUUCAAUGUGGCCAAAGCUGGCAUCAAGGAUCCCAACAUGCCCGACCGCAUCAUCGAUCGUAAUGAGCUGGCCAAUGCUGAGCGAUUCAAUGACACCAGCACCACUACCCUUCCCCUCGGUGAGUACGUACCGCCAACUCCUAUGCGCACUGAGCCUGCUACACCCGCCAUGACCGACGAUGAGGGUGACGGAGCUGUUCCCCGACCAAAGGUGAAGCAGGGCUCUACCGUCAUCCGCAGCAUUCCAACUCUUGAGCAGUUGAUUGCCGAGAAGCGCGCCCACGAGCUGAAUGAUGAGGAGGUCGCUCUGAUGUCGCUGCGUGGAAAGAUCCCUGGAUACGCUUUGGAGAAGAGCUUGAAGGAUUUCACUCGCGCUGUCAAGGUUCGCCGAACUAUCAUCUCUCGGACCAAGGCUACUCAGGAGCUCACUCAUACGCUCGACCACUCCAAGCUUCCUUAUGAGCAUUACAACUGGGAACGUGUCUUUGGAGCCUGCUGCGAGAACGUCAUUGGUUACCUUCCUCUCCCAGUUGGUGUCGCCGGGCCUUUGGUGAUUGACGGACAGAGUUAUUUUAUCCCCAUGGCAACGACUGAAGGUGUCCUGGUUGCUAGCGCAAGUCGAGGUUGCAAAGCCAUCAAUUCUGGAGGUGGUGCCAUCACCGUUCUCACUGCUGAUGGUAUGACUCGCGGUCCUUGCUUGGGCUUCGAGACCCUUGAACGCGCCGGUGCCGCCAAGAUCUGGUUGGAUUCGGAAGAUGGUCAGGACGUCAUGAAGAAGGCCUUCAACUCGACUAGUCGCUUCGCCCGUCUGCAGAGCAUGAAGACCGCCCUGGCCGGAACUAACCUCUAUGUUCGCUUCAAGACAACUACUGGUGACGCCAUGGGUAUGAACAUGAUCUCCAAGGGUGUGGAGCACGCGCUCUCCGUCAUGGCCAACGAGGCUGGCUUCGAGGAUAUGCAAAUCAUUUCGGUUUCUGGUAACUAUUGUAUCGAUAAGAAGCCUGCCGCCCUGAACUGGAUUGAUGGCCGUGGAAAGAGCGUUGUUGCUGAGGCUAUUAUUCCUGGAGAUGUUGUUAAGAACGUACUCAAGAGUGAUGUCGAUUCCCUUGUCGAGCUCAACAUCUCAAAGAACUUGAUUGGAUCUGCCAUGGCUGGUUCUAUUGGUGGAUUCAACGCCCACGCAGCCAACAUCGUGGCGGCCAUCUUCUUGGCCACUGGUCAAGAUCCCGCCCAGGUUGUGGAAAGUUGCAACUGUAUCACCACCAUGAGAAAUCUGCGCGGCUCUCUCCAGAUCGCCGUCUCCAUGCCCUCUUUGGAGGUCGGUACCCUGGGAGGAGGUACCAUCCUCGAGCCUCAGUCCGCCAUGCUCGACAUGCUGGGUGUCCGUGGCUCUCACCCCACAAACCCAGGUGACAAUGCCAGGCGCUUGGCUCGCAUCAUUGCUGCCGCCGUCCUCGCUGGUGAGCUGUCGCUCUGCAGUGCCCUCGCUGCCGGCCAUCUGGUCCGAGCCCACAUGCAACACAACCGAAGUGCCGCACCAUCCCGCAGCGGCACUCCCGCACCCCCUGCCGCCAUGACGCCCGUGUCUAUGGCGAUGACCUCUGCGCUGGAUAAGACCAACGGAGCUAAUGGCACCCCCAGUGCUGCUGCCGUGCAAAGGUCCAAGCGAUGA